AUUGUCCCUAAAAUUUGAUCAAAUAAAAAAGCGUAAUAUAUUGUAUCUUAAAUUGAGCAAAUAAAAUUUAAGAGGAUGCUAGGGUUCGGCGGGCAACAACAAAAUAAUGUGUACAGUCCCUUUGGCCUUCCUGCUUUAUAUACACACACUCAUCUCUGUUCUGCUUCAUGCCACAUUCCCUACCUUUUCGCUUUCAAAAUUUUCCUUCCGCCGCCUCUUUUAACCUAAUUUCCAAAAUCCCGCCAAUUUUGUUUGAUCACACAUUGCCUUCGCUUAAUUUGAUCAUUUUCCGAUCUCUAAUUUAAUUCUUUUUUGUUUGAUCAUAAUGUUAGAUCUAAAGGAAGAGCAGUGUUCGGUUUCAGAAUCGCAAAGCAGUAACAAUGAAUUGAAGAGAUGUGCUUGUUGUCAAACAACAACCACUCCUUUAUGGCGUGGCGGUCCGGCUGGGCCUAAGUCACUGUGUAAUGCAUGUGGAAUCAAAUAUCAUAAGAGAAGAAGAGCACUUUUAGGAUUGAAUAACGGAAGAGUAGACAAAAAUAACGGAAAGAAGAUCGGCAGUAAUGGAAGCCUUGCAAUGCCAUUGAAGAUUAAAAUAAUUGCCUCAGAGAUUAGACAAAGUAAUGAUAAUUUUAGAGAUAAAUUAGGUGAAGUUGAGCAAGCGGCUAUGCUUUUAAUGGCUUUAUCUUGUGGUUCUGUUUAUGCUUGAUUCAUAUUUAUUUCAUCAUUAUUCCAAUUUUGCCCCUCAGUCUGACCACAGCUAAGUACCAACAAGUAACAACACAAUCUUAUUGACAAAUAUUUCUUUUUCGAUAAUUUCUUGUACGAUUAGGUUAUUAUUGUAAAAGUAGAUAUUGAGUAGUGUUAUUUAACAAUUGGCUAAAUUAUUAUUAUUAUUAUUAUUAUUGUUAAGGAUUCACUCCAUUAUUGUGUGAUUCUAGCGCAUCUAUUCUUUAGCAGUUUUUUUGUUUGAAGAAUAAAUCUCUGAGGAACUCUUUUGAAUGCUGGCCUUAAAAAUUAAAUUAAUUGUAAAUUUUUUGUAUUGAAAAGUUUCUUGAAGAUGUUCAUCAAAUCAAAUGAUCAGUCUGUAUUACUUAGAAUUAAGAAUGAUUUCUUUGAUUUGAAUUUUAAUAAAUUACUUUCUCCGUUUUAUAAUACUCUUUACAUUUUUUAUUUUUGGCAAUUUCAUAUUAUUUGUUACAUUUCCGUUUUUAUUAAUAAAACAAUUAUUUAA